GGAGCUCCUCUAUAGCUCCUGCAUGGAAAGUUCAAGUCCUCCAAAAAACACAGGAAAGCAUUGGUGUGACAUUGUAUGUGGUUUUUACCAGGAAGCCCCCUUCUCCAGAGUGGUUUCCUCACCCUCUGAAAAGCUGUUGUUCAGAUGUGUUUGUGAAGCAGCCACUCUGAGGCCUACACUUAGUAUCCUGACCUCAGCUCUAUCUUCCAUUUUCCCUUUAUUUCUUCCAGAGUGUUACAAUAACCAAGGAGAGUGGCAGUACCUGAAACUUUUGGCUAUUAUCCAAAUCAGAGAAUCCAUCUCCUCUAACAUGGCAGGUAAGAAAGUGCUCAUCAUCUAUGCACACCAAGAACCCAAAUCCUUCAAUGGGUCCCUGAAGAACGUGGCUGUGGAAGAACUGAGCAAGCAGGGAUGCACAGUCACUGUGUCUGAUUUGUAUACAAUGAACUUUGAGCCAAGGGCCACAAGAAACGAUAUCACUGGUGCCCUCUCUAAUCCUGAAGUCUUCAGAUAUGGGAUAGAAACCUAUGAAGCCUACAAGAAGAAAGAUCUGACCAGUGACAUACUUGAAGAGCAGAAAAAGGUGAAAGAAGCCGAUCUAGUGAUAUUUCAGUUUCCACUAUACUGGUUCAGUGUUCCAGCAAUCCUAAAAGGUUGGAUGGAUAGGGUGCUGUGCCAAGGGUUUGCCUUCGACAUCCCAGGCUUUUAUGACUCUGGUUUACUCAAGGGUAAAUUAGCCCUGCUUUCCUUAACCACGGGAGGUACAGCGGAGAUGUACACAAAAGCUGGGGUCAAUGGAGAUUUCCGGUACUUCCUGUGGCCAAUUCAGCAUGGUACAUUGCACUUCUGUGGAUUUAAAGUCCUUGCCCCGCAGAUCAGUUUUGGUCUUGAUGUUUCAUCAGAAGAAGAAAGAAAAGUGAUGCUGGCAUCAUGGGCCCAGCGGCUGAAGAGCAUCUGGAAGGAAGAGCCCAUCCACUGUACAUCCCCUUGGUACUUCCAAAAGUAACAUUUUAUGCUCUGAGUACAGCUGGCAAGCAACACAGUGAGAGACCUAAAGCAUGUGCAAAGAGAAGGUGGUGCUGUAUCCUGAGAUGUAUUUAACAGUGCCCACCAAUGAUUGUCUUUAGUUUCAUACAUUUCAUACAACUAGAUCAGAUAUUUCAAAAAUCAGCUUGUUGCACUGUAUUAGUUCUGCCUGGUCAUUCACUCAUUUUUCAGUUCUUUAAUGUUUCUCUAUAAUUUCUCUUGCUACUUUGUAGCAAACCUUUGUAGUACAGUUUUCUGAAAGUUUCACUCAGUUUCCUGCUAGAAUUGUUAUCUUCAAAUGACUUCUAUCUGUAGUUUCUUUAUAUUCCUUUCCUCCUCUUCAAUAGCAUCUUCAGACCCUUAUUCACUUAUUAAAAUGUUUAGUGCAUGCAUGCACACACAUGCCACUGUGUGUGUGUGUGUGUGCGCAUGUGUGUGUGUGUGUGUGUGUGUAAUUGUGGUGAUUUGAAUGAGAUGGCCCCAUAGGCUUAUGUGUUUGACUAUUUGGUCCCCAGUUGGUAGAACUGUUUGAGAGAGGAUAGGAAGUGUGGCUUCGUUGGAUACAGUGUCAUCAGUGGCAGGUUUUGUGGUUUCAAAAGACUAGUGUCAUCCCCAGUGCGCCUCUUUGCCUCCUGCAUUUGGAUGAAGAUGUGAACUCUCAGCUGUUCCUACCCUUGCUCUGCCAUCAUGGACUCUAACUCUCUAAAACUAUAAGCCCAAUUAAAUGCUUUCUUUUAUUAG